AUAAACAAGUGAAUUAUAGCUCAGACCGUUACUGACAGCCGAAGAGUAUAACAGUUUCUCCGUCAAAGCUGUGACUUUCCCGUUGAAUUAAUUAUAUAACUCUUUAUCAGCUGGUGUGUUUAAAAAGACUGAUUUACAGGCAAAGGCGAGUAAAUUAGAGAAUUUACUAAACAGAAGCAGUCUGAUAUUUCAUCGGAUUAUUUACAAAGGAAUAUUAUUAUUGUUAAAUUAUAUUGACUAAUCUACACAUUGCCAAAAAAUGUGAGAAUUUGGUUUCAGAACACUUGGAAAUAAUCGAGACACCAGACCCCGUUAACACGUGCAAAGAAGUGAUUUAGUCUCUAAAACUUGUUCAGACCUAUAGAACUUGUUCAAACUAUAGAACUUGUUCAAAACUAUUAAGACUUGUUUAGAUCUAUUUAGACGGACAGAACUUGUUUAGACCUAAAGAACUUGUUCAGAUCAAUACAAUACCAUCAUGCUCGGAGUAUUCCCUCGUCUCCUGUGCGUUUCCCUAGUGUUGCUUGCUGUGUUUGGACAUGUAUCAGAGACAGUACCUGUCUGGAAUACAGGUUCCGACAGUAACUACACACCCGUCCAGCCUACCCGGAUGAACUCCAGUCUGAUCUACAGAUGGUUAAUCAGACUGAUGAGCCGUAAAGACCUCUACUCGUGGAUCAAUUUCCACGUCCAUCCACACUUGUUACCAAAGACCACCGUGAAAACAGACACGACAACGCCGGCAGUGCCAUUAUCUGACAACGAACUGCAAAUUCAGCGAGAUACUGAUGAAUUUGGCACCGUGCCAAUUGUAGGACCAAGGGCUUCUUCCAGUUCCGGUAACGAGGCCCAGGAUGCACCCACUAGCCCUGCACUGAUCGUUGUAAGAGAUGUAGAAGAUGCCACUACGUCACAUCCGGUCACACUGUUGUCGACCGCCAGUAUAGUGAACAAUGGUAUUCCGAUGAUAAUAUUAUCUGGUAACAAGGAUGUCGACAGGAUCGGCGACAACUCUCAAACGACGUCGACUGAUGAUUCGUCUACGCCACAGAUGAUCAGGGAUACAUUCGAUGACAUGCCUGUAGCCGGAGGCACGAUGAGUCCUUCAGACAAGGGAGAUAACACCGCACCGGUUCCAAUUAUUGUAAAUCCGGGCGGAAAUACAGAUGACGAUUCUAAUUCAAACAGCGACUCGACGAAUGAUCCGGACUCGUCUUUAACCAUAGUUCGGGAUAAGGAAGGGGAUUCGGAUAUCCAGAGUAAUAACGACACUCCUUCUUCAUCUUCAUCAUCAUCAACAUCGCAGUCAUCGACCUCGACGUCUGGUUCUACGUCAUCAUCUGGUUUGCUCAUUCUGAACCCGGCAGAUUUAUUGAACCAGGGAUUUAACCUCGGUUAGUGAAGAUUGACCGUGCGUGUCAUGUUGUCGAUAGAAAGUAUGACUCGCAGGUGAAAACAAUACAUUUCAAAAUCACAAAGUUACCUAUAUGCAUAAUGUAUAUAGCAUGACGUCAUUUAUGUAGCGCCUGGCUCACGUUGACUGGAAUCCCUGGUUAACAUCGAUUCGUAAUGACUUCUGUGAUGUAUCCCGGGUUUGGCGAUGAUCUUAUGGCGGUACACGACUUCCUUGGGAUAUUUUUAUCUGACAAUUGACGUGGUUUGACUUUAUGAAGAAGCCGCCUUGGUAGAUUUGACUAGCUAAUGUUACGCCUUGAAGGAACACAUGAUUGACAUGUAAUAAACGGUAACACGGUUAAACAGCAAUCCAAAAACAAACACGUCAAACUUUGGCGUGUCCAGAUUAACGGAUCUAUUCUGACGUCCUCCAAUAUCGUGUUGGCAUGGUAUGGCAGUAAUUUCUUCGUGUUUCUUCAACAAAUUGGAUGCUUGGCCAUUUUCGUUUAUCGCGAUCCAAACAGUUGGACGGGUUGGACCAGACUUGUUCGUCGAUGAAAUGAGGACGGACCUGGUGAUAUUUUGUUGUUUUCAGACGAGCUUUGACAAAUACUUUCAAGGCCCCUGCAUGACCAUCUACAGGUCCGUCGAGAUAUAUGCCUGAAAUUUAACAUUUAAAAACAGACGAACCGGUUUGUCAGACCUUGUCUGACAUUUGCAAGUACAGAAGAGGAACGCCUGGUUGUCUCCCUUAGUUGACAGAAUGAACACUUAAUGACGGGUGACACAAGGUUAAUAUAUACGUAUAAUAUAUCAUCCUCUGACGUGUAGGUAUUGUUACGUGC